GUAUUUUGUAGCUGCCGCCGGUGUGGCCCCACGCGGUGGCGGCAGCAGCACGACGCGGAGCGGGGGUCGCACCCGGGCGGCCGCUCCGGGCCCGACAUGAACCCGUUCGCCUGGUACCCGCCGCCCCCGCCGGGGCUGCCCCCGCCCGGGGUCCCCCCGCCCUUCUUCUGCCCGCCGCCCCCCUGGGAGCCCGGCUUCUGGGCUCCCCCCGGGCCCUACCCGCCGCCCAGCAGCUACCAGCCCGCCGACAACGCGCAGCCCGCCGACAGCUACCCGCCCGCUGACGGCUACUCGCAGCCCGACAGCUACGCGCCGCCCGCCGCCUGGUACCCGCCGCCCUACGGAGAGCGACCGCAGGGCCCACACGCUGGUGGAAAUGGCAAUUUCUCCCAGAAGUGGCAAGGGGAGCAAGCACCUGGGUUUAGUAAACGUUUUCCAGAAGAAAAUAACAAACCAAAGAACAAGAAGAAAAAAGAGCCAGUUUUUUCUCAUUAUUGUGAUACCUGUGACCGUGGCUAUAAAAACCAGGAGAAGUACGAUGAACAUAUUUCACAACAUAAACAGUGCACGGAAGAAGGCUGCAAUUUCAGCGCACAUGAGAAGAUAGUUCAGAUACACUGGAAGAACGCACAUGCACCUGGUGCUAAAAGAAUAAAAUUAGACAGUCCAGAAGAGAUCGCUAGAUGGAGAGAAGAAAGAAAAAAAAAUUUUCCUACGUUGGCAAACAUUGAAAGGAAGAAGAUGGUGCAGAUGCAGAAGGAAGAAAGGGGAGAAGUACUGACUACCCAGCAGUUUGGCAAAAUGAAGGGGAUGUGGAAACCUCCAGAGAAUGAAGAGAGGCUUGGGCAGCAAGGAAGACAGAGGAGAAGACAAAAACGCCCGUUCUGGAAGAAAUUUAGGAAAAAUGGUGGCGAUAAUAAUGUGCAUAGAACUCAAAAUGGAACUAACGGAUCAGAAAACAGCAUGUGUGAAAAGGAGCAUGAAAAACAGUGUGAUUUGGCAGCUCAGCCAUAUGUGAAGGACGUGGACCCCCUCAGUCUUCUGGCAAACAGUGAUGUUGAAUCUGACAAGGACGAAGCCUCAGGUGAAGAUGAGAGGCUGGGACUGACUGUUGUUCCCAAGCAGGUCACCUCUGCCCUGAGUUCAUUGUCAGCCAACUACGGCAGCGCAUCUGACAGCGAGCCUGAAGAAAUCCCUGUCAAGACUGCAAGAAAAGCUGAAGAAAACCAGACUGCUCUCAGAAAUACGCCUCAAACUACCGACGUGCCUCAGAGUCAAAACCCAAAUCAAAAACGUCCAAAACAUACAGGAACAACGUUAAGAAGCUCAAAUUCAAAUGCACGUCCACACAGAGGGCCUGAUAACUGGGGCAAGAAAACAUUACCUCUCCUUCCGAAGCGCCGUCCAACUCUGCUGGAAAUGCUACUGGCCCAGGACAUCCGACACGAAAGGAAUGUGGUUUUGCAGUGCGUUCGCUACCUCAUCCGAAACAACGUGUUUGGACUUAAUUUUAGAACAGAACCACAAGCUGAAACAGAGACUGAACAAUCCUCUGCAACUACAGCAGAGUCUUUGGACAAACUCAAUGCAUCUAAUUGUGUUUCUAGCUCUGACCUUCAGUUAGCAGGAGGAGGAGAUGCGUUAUUAAUAGCCCAGGGUGAGAAAGCACCCGUGGAUCAGACUUCACAGAUGGUUCACUUGGCAGAUGAGGACACAUGGGAAACCCCAUCAAUUCAGUGUGAAGAAGCACUGUAGAGGACAUCUGUUGUGGACAAUAAAGCAAAGGCUCACCUUUUCUACUUGACUGAUGCGUUUUUAAAAGACAUCAGUAUAACAAAAUAGUCAUUCAAGUGUAUACUGGGAGCUGUUAAAACCACUUUUCUGAUCUUUUCUGCCUGACGUGGCCAUUUUCUUGUGAAAGCGUCAUCUGCAUUGUGUAACUGCCUUUCCCCCUGGCAGAAAGGCAGCAGUGGCACAGAGUAUGACUUUCCCUGAAGUAGGUGCAGAUCUCCACUGUUGAGAUCUGCAACAGUGAGAGCCCCUUUAGAGCUCUGAAUGUUUUACCUUGUCAUCAAAUGUGUGUUGGUCCAUUACAAGCACCAAGCAGUGUUGUGGUAGGAUGGAUCUUAGUGAUGGUAAAUCAUGGUGUGACAUUUCUGGGAAUCUCUGAGUGUCCAGAAGUAUUUCAGUCUACUUUUGAAAUGGCAACUGAAUGCCCUUUUUUCCCCCCAAGCUAUUAUUGAUGUAACAUAUCCAGUAUAAAUUGAAGAAAUGAAAUGGAAGAUAAAACUGACCUGUCUCUAAAAGUACUGCUUGCACCAGGAGUCUCCUUCUCUCUGAAGCAAUUUGUUAAUUAAGCAGAUAAAUGGAAAUGAGGGUGCAGAAUGCUGCAAGAAGCCUUUUUAAAGAAAUAAAUAAAAUAGAAUAACUGCUAAUUGCUUGCAUCAGUGCUAGGUUGCUGGUUGACCUCAGGUACCCAAUAUUAGGCCUUAACUGCUGUUUCAGUUCAUUGCCUGACAAACCUAAUUCUUGAUGCAGACUUGGUAUUAAGAAUAUUAUCGAAGUUCAGAAGGCUUACCAAGAGUUACUGGUUUGUCCCUUUUUUAGUAAGCAUUGGGAAUUUAUUAGUUGGCCUUCUGGAAGAAUGUCUUCCUUGGUACAUUUUUAUGAUACUCCUACAGCAUACAGCGACUUUUUUUUUUUUACAUAAUUUGUGCAUACAUCCAUAGUAUUGUGAGCACUAUAAAAGCAUUAGCCAAGGUUUAGAAGCAAGUUUAGUCUUUUGAUUACAUUGCGCAUUUGUUCGUCAGAAUCCUUCUUGUCAAGAGCAGAUGUUAAUUUGUCACAUUGACACUGAAAACCUGCUGUGAAAACAAUCUACUAUCAGAACCUUCACUUCAGAAUAUUUCUCGAUUCUUUGUCUUUCAGUCACGGUUAAAUGUUGUAGUUAAAGAUUUAGGACAGAUUUUAAUUUUUGGUUCUUUGUUAGAAGUCUAAUCUUCCAUUCCACCAGCUAAAAUACGGAGACUCACAUGGGGUUUUUUGUUGCCUAAUAAUUGUAUUUUCUUUCCUCUAGUUCCUUUAGUUGUGCCAUACAUCUCAUUUGUGGUGCACAGAAAACAAGAAAUAUUUGAAAAUUCUGUCCCACUGCUGUGUUAUUUAUAGCUACAGCUGCAUAUUGUGUUUGUAAUGCACCAUCUAAAUUUAUGGAAUUAUAUAAAUAUCAACACCCUUGUAAAUGUUGCAUGUCUCAAGAAUAUAUGUGCAGAAUAGAAACAGUGAUCAUAAACAUUUAUAUUUCCAAGGCAGAUGAUUCAUUCUUCCCGUGAUGGUCCCACGAGCCAUCUCCAUCUCACUGGCUUACUUGUGGCUCUUUCAGUAUUACUGUGAUGAAAAUACCAGCAUAGGACUCUCAGCCACGGAGAUCUGGCACUUGGGCAGAACCUGAUUUUGGAGUGGAGUGGCACCGGUGCUGGUGAAAGCAUGGGUAACAGCUUCGGAACAGAAAUUGAUGUCUUAGGAUUGCUACUAAAUUGCACUUUAAUCAACCCUUAACGUGCUUCUGUCCCUGUUGAGUUGAUGGCAGAGCUUUGUUUGACUGUACACUCUGACCUUGUCUUAAAAAACAAAAAACAAAACCAAACCCAAACAAAAAAAAAAAAAAAACAACAAACCUUUAUCUGAAUUCUUUAUACUGUUAUCAUUAUGGACUUAAGAAUAUUAAAAUUUCACAUAAAACCAAAA